GGAUUCAAUGACACAUUCGACCUGAAGCGACACACUCGGACUCACACAGGUAAGCAGGGUGUCCUCACUUCACACUCGGACUCACACAGGUAAGGAGGGUGUCCUCACUUCACAUUCGGACUCACACAGGUAAGCAGGGUGUCCUCACUUCACACUCGGACUCACACAGGUAAGCAGGACGUCCUCAUUUCACACAUGACUACAAAAAACUGUGCAGACCCGAGCCCACAAAGCUAGAAAAAAGCCCCUAAGCAAAAUUUUCGGGCACGCACAAUAUCACCAUAGGUGCCUAAGACUUAUAGUGUGCCCAGACUGCUAACAAUUGUAAUCACCUCAGUAUUCUCACUAGAAAGAAUAGCUAAAAUUGAAAUUAUGUAGCAUUUUAGACCGACAUCUUGGACAAUGUAGCAACAAAGCCAGGUCAAACGCUCCUGUGAUAUUUCUGUGAUCUACAUUAAACUGUUCCGAGUGACAUCUCAAGGUCACUGUUUUAUGGUCUUGCUGAUAACCAAAUGGACGACAUUUUCCCACUGUCCAAACAUCUAUCCACAUGUAAGACCACCCCCUUCCCGCCCCCAUUUCUUAUACUUUACAGUAUGCGCACUUUUCUUCACCAACAUUUCAGACAAACACAGAAUAAACAAAAAUAAAGCAAAAAAAAAUAAAAAAGUUACAAUUAAAAAAAAAAAAACACACUCUUAAACAGAAAUCUUUCAAUGAAAUCUAUUCUGAUGUCUUAAUGAAAGCUGCUUUGUCGUUCAGUGCUAGAGAUGUGUUAGAAAGGAGCCGUUGCUUUAGAUUAACAGUACAAACCGUACUACACCCAACUCUAUUUUUAAUACACUUAUUGACAUUUCGUGUAACAUUGAAUACAAUUUGCUUUUGACAACGUGCAAACAGAGCCACUAUACCAAACAGAGCCACUCUACCUUGCACUUUCCUGCGGCGAUUUGUUGGAGCGCAAAAUAAUUAUGUGCUUGCCAAAAGGCGCGGAAGUGUCGCAUUAUCUUUCACAAUGGCUAUCAAAUCAACGCUCUUCCCAUUGCGAGAAUCAUGUAUUUAAAAAAAAAUGUCCUUGCCGUAAUGGGACGCGUCGCUAUGGGGAUUUGAACUUUAGAAAUUGGGGUAAUACCUGAAUCUCUUUAAAUGUGUCUUUCACCCCUUAAUAGCAACACUAUUCCAUUCAAGAAGUUCCCGUUAUAAACAUAGAGACUCGUCCAUUCAUAUAUGACAUUCCAUGUUUGAAUUACCUUGUUUAAUUUGUGCACUAGAUUGCAGGGAGUACUUUCAGUGGUGUUAAAGUCAUUUUAAUGUUCUGUCAUAACAUUUCAAUUUACUCAAAUGGUGUCUUUGUAACGGUGUCUUCGUAACGGUGCCUUAGUAACGGUGCCUUAAAACCGGUGUCUUAGUAACGGUGUCUUAGUAACUGUGUCUUAGUAACGGUGUCUUAGUAACGGUGUCUUAGUAACGGUGUCUUAGUAACGGUGCUUAUUUACGGUGUCUUAAUUACGGUGUCUUAGUAGCGGUGUCUUAGUAACGGUGCUUAGUAACGAUGUCUUAGUAACGGUGUCUUAGUAAUGGUGCUUAGUAACGGUGCUUAGUAACGGUGUCUUAGUAACGGUUUCUUAGUAACGGUGUCUUAGUAACGGUGCUUAGUAACGGUGUCUUAGUAACGGUGUCUUAGUAACGGUGCUUAGUAACGGUGUCUUAGUCACGGUUUCUUAGUAACGGUUUCUUAGUAAUGGUGUCUUAGUAACGGUGCUUAGUAACGGUGUCUUAGUAACGGUGUCUUAUUAACGGUGCUUAGUAACGGUGUCUUAGUUACGGUGUCUUAGUAACGGUGCUUAGUAACGGUGUCUUAGUAACGGUGCUUAGUUACGGUGUCUUAGUAACGGUGUCUUAGUAACGGUGCUUAGUAACGGUGUCUUAGUAAUGGUGUCUUAGUAAUGGUGCUUAGUAACGGUGCUUAGUAACGGUGUGUUAGUAACGGUUUCUUAGUAACGGUGUCUUAGUAACGGUUUCUUAGUAACGGUGUCUUAGUAACGGUGCUUAGUAACGGUGUCUUAGUAACGGUGUCUUAGUAACGGUGCCUAGUAACGGUGUCUUAGUUACGGUGUCUUAGUAACGGUUUCUUAGUAACGGUGUCUUAGUACUGGUGCUUAGUAACGGUGUCUUAGUUACGGUGUCUUAGUAACGGUUUCUUAGUAACGGUGUCUUAGUAACGGUGCUUAGUAAUGGUGUCUUAGUAACGGUGUCUUAGUAACGGUGCCUAGUAACGUCGUCUUAGUUACGGUGUCUUAGUAACGGUUUCUUAGUAACGGUGUCUUAGUAACGGUGCUUAGUAACGGUGUCUUAGUAGCGGUGUCUUAGUAACGGUCCUUAGUUACGGUGUCUUAGUUACGGUGUCUUAGUAGCGGUGUCUUAGUAACGGUGUCUUGGUAACAGUGGUUUAGUAACGGUGCUUAGCUACGGUGUCUUAGUAACGGUGUCUUAGUAACAAUGUCUUAGUAACAGUGCUUAGCUACGGUGUCUUAGUAACGGUGUCUUAGUAACGGUGUCUUCGUAACGGUGUCUUAGUAACGGUGCUUAGCAACGGUGCUUAGUAUCGGUGCUUAGUAACGGUGCCUUGUAACGGUGUCUUAGUAAUGGUGUCUUAGUAACGGUGCUAAGUAACGGUGCUUAGUAACGUUGCUUAGUAACGGUGCUUAGUAACGGUUUCUUAGUAACGGUGCUUAGUAACGGUGUCUUAGUAAUGGUUUAGGAGCAAUUUCAAAGUAAUGCUAGUUUAGUUACGGUAUCUUGCAAACGGUAUCUUAGAAACAGUGUCGUAGUAACUGGAUCUCAGUAACGGUUUCUUAAUAACGGUCUUAGUAUAGGUUUCCUUAUUCGCCGUGUUUUAGUUAUUGCACAAUAGUACAAGUAGCACAGUAGGAGAAUCUUAAUAAGAGUAUCUGCGUAACUGCAUCUUAGAAACGGUGUCUUAGUUACUGCAUCUUGGUAACAGUGUCUUAGUAAUGGUGUCUUAAUAACGGUGUCUUAGUAACGCUAUCUUUAUAAAGGUAUCUUAUUAAAUGUAUUUUAAUAGUUGAUCCUUAAUAACGCUAUCUCAGUAACAGUAUCUUAGUCAUUGAAUCUUGGUAACGGUAUCUAAGUAGGGGUAAUUUUAGUAACAGUGGCAAGCAAUGGUGUGUGAGGAAGGGUGUCAUAUCUACAAUGUCUUUAUAUGGAUUUAUUUGUUAAGUUGUGUUAAUAAGGAUGUCUUUGUUAUGGUGUGUUAGUAAGGAUGUGUUUGUUACGAUUUUUAGUAAGGAAGUGUUUGUUAUGAUGUGUUAUAAAGGAUGUCUUUGUUACGAUGUGUUAGUAAGGAUGUCUUUGUUACCAUGUGUUAGUAAGGAUGUGUUUGUUACGAUGUGUUAGUAAGGAUGUCUUUGUUACGAUGUGUUAGUAAGGAUGUCUUUGUUACGAUGUGUUAGUAAGGAUGUCUUUGUUACGAUGUGUUAGUAAGGAUGUCUUUGUUACGUUGUGUUAGUAAGGAUGUCUUUGUUACUAUGUGUUAGAAAGGAUAUCUUUGUUACGAGGUCAACUGAUAUAGAUGAUUGUGUUCUAUAGGCACACACAACGUUAUUCUUGACAUCUUAUGUUUCCGAAAUAGGUUGUACAGCGCCCCCCCCCCCCCCCCCAACAAACCGCAGGUAAUGGUGGAAUAGGUAGAUGGAAUAGGUUUGUGUUCUAUAGGCACACACAACGUUAUUCUUGACAUCUUAUGUUUCCGAAAUAGGUUGUACAGCGCCCCACCCCCCCCCCAACAAACCGCAGGUAAUGGUGGAAUAGGUAGAUGGAAUAGGUAGAUGGAAUAGGUAGAUGAAAUAGGUAGAUGGAUAGGUAGAUGGAAUAGCUAGAUGGAAUAGGUAGAUGGAAUAGGUAGAUGGGAUAGGUAGAUGGGAUAGGUAGAUGGGAUAGGUAGAUGGAAUAGGUAGAUGGAAUAGGUAGAUGGAAUAGGUAGAUGGAAUAGGUAGAUGGGAUAGGUAGAUGGGAUAGGUAGAUGGAAUAGGUAGAUGGAAUAGGUAGAUGGAAUAGGUAGAUGGAAUAGGUAGAUGGAAUAGGUAGAUGGAAUAGGUAGAUGGAAUAGGUAGAUGGAAUAGGUAGAUGGAAUAGGUAGAUGGGAUAGGUAGAUGGAAUAGGUAAAUGGGAUAGGUAGAUGGGAUAGGUAGAUGGAAUAGGUAGAUGGAAUAGGUAGAUGGAAUAGGUAGAUGGGAUAGGUAGAUGGGAUAGGUAGAUGGGAUAGGUAGAUGGGAUAGAGCGUUUAAAAUAAAUAAGGCGGGUUUACCUCACCACAUCAAGAUAUGUUUAAAAUAGUGAUCUAAGCAAGAGUCUUCAAAACAGCUGAUGUACACAUCUGUGAUCUAAGCAAGAGUCUUCAAAACAGCUGAUGUACACAUCUGUGAUUAUUCUUAUUUCACUCUAUCGUAAAUUUCGGAAACGUCAUUUGGUGAGGCUACGAGGGCUGGGGAUAUAUUUUAAAGGACUGUAGUUGAUCAUCAGUACCUUGUGGGUUGCCGCUUCUGCGUGGGAGUCCGUUAGGUGCUAACAAACGUAGCAACAAAAAGAGAACCAGGAUGCAAAGUCAUAAUUUGUCAUGCAAAAUUGUAUUUAUUUAUAGAUUUUUAAAGAUUCCAACAUUGCCCUAGACGCAGCUUUUUGUCCGCCCCACUCAAAUGGUAUCUUUAUGUCUGCCACACUCAAAUGGUAUCUUUUUGUCUGCUACAUUCAUAUGGUAUCUUUUUCCUGCCACACUCAAAUGGUAUAUUUUAAUCUGCCACAUUCAUUUUUGUAUCUUUUUGUCUGCCACACUCAAAUGGUAUCUUUUUCCUGCCACACUCCGACGGUAUCAUUUUGUCUGUUACACUCCAAUGAUAUCUUUUUGUGUGCCACACUAAAAUGGUUUCUUUUUUUCCCACUCUCCAAUGGUAUCUUUUCGUCUGCCACAGACACAAGGUAUCUAUUUGUCUUCCAUACUCCAAUGGCAUCUUUUUGUCUGCCACACUCAAAUGGUAUUUUUUUGUCUGCCACAGUCCGAUGGUAUCUUUUUGUCUGCCACACUCCGAUGGUAUCUUUUUAUUGGCCACACUCCAAUGGUAUCUUUGAUACUUUGUCAUGAUAAACGCCGUUCUUUCUGCAUUAUUUUUUAAAAUAUUUUUUGUUACAUUGGUUUGUUUGUUUGUUUGUUUGUUUGUUUGUUUGUUUGUUUUUCUUCCUUGAAAUUCAAAACCGGAUGGAGACAUUCCUUUUUCUUGGAAAUAAUAUUUUAUUAUUUGUUUGUUGUUGACAUUGCAACAUUUUUACUUCACUUCCUGUUUCUGCAUGGCUGAAUUGCAGUACAGUUGUCUGAGUUUUAGACGCUUCUUAGAUGUCGGCAACUUACAUAUAUUAUCUUCAGUAAUAAAUUGUGUAGAAACUUAUCCUGUCACCUUAGAUAUUCUUUGGUUAGUCGUCCAACAACAUUAUUGUAUUACAAUUAUUUUUAUUAUUAUUAUCAUAAUUAUUAUUAUCUUUAUUAUCAUCAAUAUCAUCAUUAUUAUUAUAAUUAUAGUCAUCAUCAUCAUCAUGUUCAAAAUGUCUAAUUAGAUGAUUAUUUUAUAUGUCCCAUCUUAUUCUGGGGAAAAUAUGAUCCUACUUAUUGCUAGACAUCUGUGAGUAUUUAGUUAAACAGUUAAACCACCAGUUUAACCAAUGAGAUCAAGUAUAAUGUCCUUAAACUUUAAUAAAACAAUAAUAUAAGGCGAUAAAAGAAAUAACGAUUGGAAAAGAGAUGAUUCCAUAAAGAUGAUUCAAUAGAGAUGAUUAAAUAGAUAUGAUUAAAUAGAGAUUUAAUAAAGAGAUUUUAUAAAGAUGAUUAAAUUGAGACGAUUCAAAAAAUUAUUUAAUGGAAAUGAUUCAUUAAAGAUUAUUUUAUUGAGAUGAGUCAAUAUAGAUGAUCCAAUAGACACGAUUCAAUUUAAAUGAUUAAAUAUAGAUGAUUCAAAAAUAGAGAUGAUUAAAUAGAGAUGAUUUAAUUGAUAUCAUUCAAUAGAGUUGAUGCAAUAGAGAUGAUUCAAUAGAGUUGAUUCGAUAGAGAUAAUUCAAUAGAUAUUACUCAUUAGAGAUUAUUCAAUAAAGAUGAUUCAAUAAAGAUUAUUCAAUAGAGAUGAUUUAAAAGAAAUGAUUUGCUAGAAAUGAUGCAAUAGAGAUGAUUCCUUAGGGAUGAAUAAAACUAGAUUAUUCAAUAGAGAUCAUUUAAAAGAGAUGAUUCAAAGGAGAUAAUUCAAAGAGAUGAUUCAAGAGUAAGUAUGUUCAUAGUUGUCACACAUCAUUAGGAUACAUAUUAAAAAUUAAAACCCCAUAAAAGCCCGUGAGCGACUUCAUUUGUGUACCGUGACCCCUGGCUGGGUACUAGGGGUUCUCAUGUGUGUACCGUGACCUAUGGCUGGGAACUAGGGGUUCUCAUGUGUGUACCGUGACCCAUGGCUGGGAACUAGGGGUUCUCAUGUGUGUACCGUGACCCAUGGCUGGGAAAUAGGGGUUCUCAUGUGCGUACCGUGACCCAUGGCUGGGAACUAGGGGUUCUCAUGUGUGUACCGUGACCCAUGGCUGGGAACUAGGGGUUCUCAUGUGUGUACCGUGACCCAUGGCUGGGAACUAGGGGUUCUCAUGUGUGUACCGUGACCCAUGGCUGGGAACUAGGGGUUCUCAUGUGUGUACCGUGACCCAUGGCUGGGUACUAUGGUUCUUAUUUGUGUACCGUGACCCAUGGGUGGGAACUAGGUGUUCUCAUGUGUGUACCGUGACCCAUGGCUGGGAACUAGGGGUUCUCAUUUGUGCACCGUGACCCAUGGCUGGGAACUAGGGGUUCUCAUGUGUGUACCGUGACCAAUGGCUGGGUACUAGGGGUUCUCAUGUGUGUACCGUGACCUAUGGCUGGGAACUAGGGGUUCUCAUGUGUGUACCGUGACCCAUGGCUGAGAACUACCGGUGCUCUUUUGUGUACCGUGACCUAUGGCUGGGAACUAGGGGUUCUCAUUUGUGUACUGUGACCCAUGGCUGGGAACUAGGUGGUCUCAUUUGUGUACCGUGACCCAUGGCUGGGAACUAGGGGUUCUCAUUUGUGUACCGUGACCCAUGGCUGGGAACUAGGGGUUCUCAUUUGUGUACCGGGACCCAUGGCUGGGAACUAGGGGUUCUCAUUUGUGUAUUGAGACCGAUGGCUGGUAACUAGGGGUUCUCAUUUGUGAACCGUGACCCAUGGCUGGGAACUAGAGGUUCUCAUUUUUGUAUUAUGACCCCAUGGCUGGGGACUAGGGGUUCUUAUGUGUGUAUUGUGACUCAUGGCUGGGAAAGAGGAGUUCUCAUGUGUGUACCGUGGCCUAUGGCUGGGAACUAGGGGUUCUCAUUUGUGUAUGGUGACCCAAGGCUGGGAACUAGUGUUUCUCAUUUGUGUACUGUGACCCAUGGCUGGGAACAAGGGGUUCUCAUUUGUGUACCCAGACCCAUGUCUUAGAACUAGGGGGUUCUCAUUUGUGUUCCGUGACCCAUGGCUGAGAAAUAGGGGUUCUCAUUUUUGUAUUGACCAAUGGCUGAGAACUAGGGGUUCUCAUUUGUGUACCGCGACCCAUGGCUGGGAACUAGGGGUUCUCAUUUGUGUACCGUGACCUAUGUCUCAGAACUAGGUGUUCUCAUUUUAGUAUUGACUCAUGGCUGAGAACUAGGGGUCUCAUUUGUGUAUUGACCAAUGGCUGAGAACUAGGGGUUCUCAUGUGUGUACCGUGACCCAUGGCUGAGAACUAGGGGUUCUCAUGUGUGUACCGUGACCCAUGGCUUGGAACUAGGAUUUCUCAUUUCCCGGGGUUUGGUUUAUCCCGUGAGAACGGGAAUGAUGUUUUCCUCUUCCUAGAAUCCGAGGACAGAAACCCCACGGUUUUUGCAAGACUCGAUACUAACGUUCCUGAUGCCCCGCAGUGUUUGCAAGACUCAAUACUUAAGUUCCUGAUGCCCUACAGUGUUUUCAAGAUUCAAUACUGAAGUUCUUGAUGCCUCACAGUGUUUGCAAGACUCAAUACUAAAUUUCCUGAUGCCUCACAGUGUUCGCUAUAACUGCCUCACAGCUCCUCCAAUCUCUUUCUGUCCCACUGAGUUAUCUGGCGUGAUGUCACAUUGAGAUCUAAAUCUGUAAGGCAAACAUUUUUGUGUACAUGUGUCCGUUCCUGUAUGGGCGUCCCAAAUGUGGCUUUGAGUCGACCUCCCUUCCAGCACCCAAAGCCCCUACGGAUUAACCCGAGGCGAACAAGGUUAGGAAAAAAAGACGAGUUACGGGUCUUGGGGCGAUGAAAAUUUCAGUGUAAACAAACAUGCCACAGGGCGCUGUAUGGGGACAUGUUAGUACGGACAGAAUUAUUCUUAUUGGUAUCAAAUAUCCCACCGGAAACUUACACUCUUUUCUUUGUUACUCUAGCGACCGGUUAAAUAUUUUGACAUGAAACGUGCGCGGUCUCUUCAGUUGCGACGGGGAUUCUCAAAAGUUUAGCACAAACUCUCAACGGGUCUUCUCCCUUAUUCCCGAUAAAACCUAUGUAUACGAACCAAUUAAUGCUUAAAAAUUAAUUGAAUGUUAUGAAAUAACAUCUUACCAUAACAUCGUCCUCUCGUAGCAGAUAGAUAGGGUAGUUAAAUCGUGAAAAAUGAGAACAGCUUUCCUGAAAGCUUCCCCACUGACUUACCUUUACCAUCUAUGCACACAUCGCCGGUGAUUUUCUUAGCAAAAACUCGUGUUUGCACUGAGACGUAGUGAUUCCGAGAGUAUGCAGACUUUUUAUUGCCAUUUAAUUCAAUUAAAUAUUUUACACAUUUUUUUUAAAAAUAAUUUUUUGAAGACUUCAAUAGUUCUUAUUAAGUGUUCAACAAUAAAGAAAACAAGGCUAAAACCUUGCUUUAAUUUACAUACAUAUUAGUAAAAAAUAUCAAGAAGGACAUGAGAAUUAGAAUUAUAAGAUGUUUGGAUUUCAAAAUUAAAACGAAUUUAUUUUUAAAAGUUACAUUAUUUUUAAAGAUGUCAAACAGGUGUCUCAAAUCUCAUUGGCUAUUUGAGUCAACCAUUCCGAAGUUGAAACACGCCCCUUCAAAUCUGUAGAGAAAGCGAGGCUGUCCAAAGCCAAUAUUUGAUUUGUUACAGGCCUAAUUUCUAUUUAAGAUGUCCUCAACGCACUUUUAUUUCUUAAAUGAAAGUGUGUUUGUGUAUGUGUGUGUUUUGCGGGAGGGGGGGGGGGGCUGACAACACUGACAACACUUCCCCGAGUGCCAACUAGUGCUUCCCGGACACAUCUUUCUUGUCAAUCUUGGACAUGACUGGCGAUACUGCCCUUAUUCAACGCAUUUUUAUUUCUUAAAUGAAAGUGUGUUUGUGUAUGUGUGUGUUUUGCGGGAGGGGGGGGGCUGACAACACUGACAACACUUCCACGAGUGCCAACUAGUGCUUCCCGGAUACAUCUUUCUUGUCAAGUGUGGACAUGACUGGCGAUACUGGCCUUAAAUCUGUUUGAUUUUGUAAUUGUGCCAGGCUCUUGGGAGGCGAUGAAGUGCUAGCUGAUCGUUCGGUACUUGAGAAAUCUACUAAUGCGGCUGUCACUGCAUAUCCCUGAAUUUGAAUUCUUCGUUAUGUCUACGACCAGACGGGACGUCAAGCUACAUGUCAGCCAGGGGCGACGCUAGGGGGGGGGCGAAGUGGGCGACGUAUUAUAUUUAUAAUAUACAUAAGCCUACCAAUAGUUCCUAAUCCAGUCAACACAAUAUUCGGUGUUAUUAGAUAGCCAUAUGGUCUGAAGGUCAGUCUGGCUCCCAUACUUACCCAUUCGAUAUGAAUCUUAAUAUCCUAUUGGUGGAAUAUAUAACGUCAACGGCCCGCAAAAUUCAAUUUGCCCAAGGCCCCUCACCCUCCUAGCGCCGGCCCUGAUGUCAGCAUCUCAAAUCUGGGUGAUCAGUCAGGAUCUUUCAAGUUGGUCACAACUGCUUUUGCUUCACCUCAGAAAUUAAAGUUGCUACCCCAACCCCCUACAUCCCCCGGGAAAGUCUAUUUUCCCCGGAGCAGAAUGUGUACAACAAUAAAUCGAACAUAUAUUUUAUAUGUAAAAAAUUACAAAAAUGUCAUUUUUAAAACACUUUUAAAAAGAUUAUAACUGGUGUCAUUAACCGAUUACAAUGAGUGGAAUCUAAGAAAUGUAGCUACAUUUGGAAUCUAAGAAUGGUAGCUACAUUCGAUAUAUUUGACGAUACUUAUAUUUAAGGCUAAUCUUGUUAGAGGCUUAUAAUAUUCCAUUAUAAAUAUUGUACUAUUUCGAGACUUGGCCGCGCCCAACUAUUAGUCCUUUUGUUCGAAUAUAUCGGUAUUUCUAUUUAAUUAUUAUUUGCAACUUCGCAAGUUUAAAGACUUUAAUAACACGUUAUAAAAAAUACCUUUACAUCAAUAAAAAAAAGGUCUAUAAUUUUAAUAUAGUUCUUUCUAAGUAUAAAACAUCUGCAAGCUGUUUUCAAAUUAUAUUUCAUCAUAAAGCAUGAAUUUUAAAGUAGGGAUAUGUGUUCAUUAUAAAUUUUUGAUGGUGUCAUGCUUAAUAAAAUAUAUUUAUUUUAAUCUUUUCUUCAAAUUUACUCGACUUUUGAGCUAGAAAAAAUAAAAGCUUCAUAAAACAAUAAUGAUUUUUUCUCAGAAAAGUGAAUAAUUUAACGGGCGCAUACAAAUAGUGCACGUUUCAUCAAUGAUUGAAUCACAAGCUUUUAUCUUUUCUUUAACUGUGCUACUGUUGUAACAAAGUUUCCUGGAGAAUAGAGUGUUUAAAAAAUACUUAGCAUAUAUUUAUUAGAUUCCCAACUUAUUUCCUCUUUUAAAAUCACAUUACUAAACCACCUGCCUCAUCUAUUGGCACGCACUUUGUACAAAUUCAGUAUAUUUGCAAUAGAGAGAAAUAAGGAGAAAGCUGAAAAACGUUUAUGUGAAAUAGCAUUUCGAUUUUUAUGGUCAAUCCAUUUUUGGGGUUUUAAUUUAAAAAUAAUUUCUAUCGAUUUGGUAAAAAAUCUGUUCAAGUAUAUCGAAGAAACACUGUGUAAGUUAUCAGCAAAUGAUAUCCAGAGGAAAAAAAUCUCAUCAAACUAUAUACAGCAAAAUGACAAUCAACUUUGUAGAAAAAAAUGCCAUCCAAAUAUAUAGAACAAAAUGAGAUCCAACUAUGAAGAACAAAAUGCGAUCCAACUAUAAAGAAAAAAUGUCAUCCAAAUAUAUAGAACAAAAUGAGAUCCAACUAUGAAGAACAAAAUGCGAUCCAACUAUAAAGAAAAAAUGUCAUCCAACUACAUAGAAAAAUGCCAUCCAACUAUAUAGAACCAAAUAACACCCAACUAUGUAGAAAAUAUGCCUUGCGCCUGUCUUUCCAAGACCAGUGAUCACCUCAAAUCUAAAAUCAAUUAACUAGAUCUGUCUCGGGAAUUUUUCUGUAGAGUCAAGUCAUGUUUGUCUAUAGUGUCACGCCAUGUUUGUCUAUUGUGUCACGCCAUGUUUGUCUAAAGUGUCACGCUAUGUUUUUCUGUAGUGUCAUGCCAUGUUUGUCUAUAGUGUCACGCCAUGUUUGUCUGUAGUGUCACGCCAUGUUUGUCUGUAGUGUCAGGCCAUAUUUGUCUAUAGUGUCACGCCAUGUUUGUCUAUAGUGUCACGCCAUGUUUGUCUAAGUGUCACACCAUGUUUGUCUGUAGUGUCAGGCCAUGUUUUUCUGUAGUGUCACGCCAUGUUUGUCUGUAGUGUCAUGCCAUGUUUGUCUAUAGUGUCAAGCCAUAAAAUUCCUAAAAUGGCGAUGCGAUCUCUUUAAAACUUAUUUCUGUGGUAAUGUAAUAGACUAGUUACCUGGAUUCCUGCCCUUCCUAUCUAACAGAACUUCUUUCUGUCUAUUCACCUCUUCGACAGCUUCGCUCCUCUGCAGACACCCGUAUUCUGUCCGUUCCCAAGACACACACUAAAACAUAUGGUGAACGAUCUUUCUCUUUCUGCGCCCCCAAACAAUGGAUUUCUUUGGCACUACACAUACGCAAUAUACAAACCACCCAGGUCUUCAAAACUGCACUCAAAACUCAUCUUUUUAAAUUAUAAUACCCUGAGUGAUUCCCCUCUUCUGACCGAUAAACGAUCUUGUUGGCUGCCGUCCAUGGUUUGCCUUGUACAAGUUCUGGGGUGGGGUGGGUCAAGAUACAUUUUUUUUUGGUGUUCUUUAUUUCAUAAAUGUAUUUUAUUUUAAUGUCAUGCUUAUGUCUCUUUUGAUAAAAUUUGUAUGUACAGCGCGGUGAGCCCAGCCCUAGGCUGGGGUACCGCGCUAUAUAAGACCCCUUAUUAUUAUUAUUAUUAUUAUUACUACUACAUUUUUAUUUGUUGAUAUGUUCUACUACAGUUUUAAUUUGUUGAUGUGUUCUACUCCAGUUGUAAUGUGUUGAUAUGUUCUACUACAGCUUUAAUUUGUUCAUGGGUUCUACUACACUUUUAAUUUGUUGAUGUGUUCUACUCCAGUUUUAAUGUGUUGAUAUGUUCUACUACAGCUUUAAUUUGUUCAUGGGUUCUACUACAGUUUUAUUUUAACAACAAAUACUAAAAUAAUUAACUAGGCUCAGCCACGGCAGAUGAUAUCUUCAAUUGGAUGUGUAGUGAAGAUAGCUUGAAUGGGAUGUGUAGUGAGAAUAUCUUACAUACGGGUCACCUAAUACCAUCGGAAAACACAUUUAUGAAAUACCGACGAAAAUAAUUUUAUGGCUGGGAGUCACCACAAAAUGAUAAAUUGUAAUAAAAUGUAAAAAUUAGGAAGGUUGAGAACCAAUGGAAUUAUGUGUCUCUUUUACUAGAAGCACUUUGAGUAGCAUGACUAGAAGCACUUUGAGUAGCAUGACUAGAAGCACUUUGAGUAGCAUGACUAGAAGAACUUUGAGUAGCAUGACUAGAAGCACUUUGAGUAGCAUGACUAGAAGCACUUUGAGUAGCAUGACUAGAAGCACUUUGAGUAGCAUGACUAGAAGAACUUUGAGUAGCAAUACUAGAAGCACUUUGAGUAGCAUGACUAGAAACACUUUGGGUAGCAUGACUAGAAGCACUUUGAGUAGCAUGACUAGAAGCACUUUGAGUAGCAUGACUAGAAGCACUUUGGGUAGCAUGACUAGAAGCACUUUGAGUAGUAUGACUAGAAGCACUUUGAGUAGCAUGACUAGAAGCACUUUGAGUAGCAUGACUAGAAGCACUUUGAGUAGAAUGACUAGAAGCACUUUGAGUAGAAUGACUAGAAGCACUUUGAGUAGCAUGACUAGAAGCACUUUGAGUAGCAUGACUAGAAGCACUUUGGGUAGCAUGACUAGAAGCACUUUGGGUAGCAUGACUAGAAGCACUUUGAGUAGCAUAACUAGAAGCACUUUGAGUAGCAUGACUAGAAGCACUUUGAGUAGCAUGACUAGAAGCACUUUGGGUAGCAUGACUAAAAGCACUUUGAGUAGCAUGACUAGAAGCACUUUGAGUAGCAUGACUAGAAGAACUUUGGGUAGCAUGACUAGAAGCACUUUGGGUAGCAUUCAGAAUAUAGAGGCACCCUGUAGAUUUGUCUUGAAAAGAGAUAUGUAACCUUGUGUGCAUUCAGAAUAUAGAGGCACCCUGUAGAUUUGUCUUGAAAAGAGAUAUGUAACCUUGUGUGCAUUCAGAAUAUAGAGGCACCCUGUAGAUUUGUCUUGAAAAGAGAUAUGUAACCUUGUGUGCAUUCAGAAUAUAGAGGCACCCUGUAGAUAUGUCUUGAAAAGAGAUAUGUAACCUUGUGUGCAUUCAGAAUAUAUAGGCACCCUGUAGAUUUGUCUUGAAAAGAGAUAUGUAACCUUGUGUGCAUUCAGAAUAUAUAGGCACCCUGUAGAGUUGUCUUGAAAAGAGAUAUGUAACCUUGUGUGCAUUCAGAAUAUAGAGGCACCCUGUAGAUUUGUCUUGAAAAGAGAUAUGUAACCUUGUGUGCAUUCAGAAUAUAGAGGCACCCUGUAGAUUUGUCUUGAAAAGAGAUAUGUAACCUUGUGUGCAUUCAGAAUAUAGAGGCACCCUGUAGAUAUGUCUUGAAAAGAGAUAUGUAACCCUGUGUGCAUUCAGAAUGUAGAGGCACCCUGUAGAUAUGUCUUGAAAAGAGAUAUGUAACCUUGUGUGCAUUCAGAAUAUAGAGGCACCCUGUAGAUAUGUCUUGAAAAGAGAUAUGUAACCUUGUGUGCAUUCAGAAUAUAUAGGCACCCUGUAGAUAUGUCUUGAAAAGAGAUAUGUAACCUUGUGUGCAUUCAGAAUAUAGAGGCACCCUGUAGAUUUGUCUUGAAAAGAGAUAUGUAACCUUGUGUGCAUUCAGAAUAUAGAGGCACCCUGUAGAUUUGUCUUGAAAAGAGAUAUGUAACCUUGUGUGCAUUCAGAAUAUAUAGGCACCCCGUAGAGUUGUCUUGAUAAGAGAUAUGUAACCUUGUGUGCAUUCAGAAUAUAGAGGCACCCUGUAGAUUUGUCUUGAAAAGAGAUAUGUAACCUUGUGUGCAUUCAGAAUAUAGAGGCACCCUGUAGAGUUGUCUUGAAAAGAGAUAUGUAACCUUGUGUGCAUUCAGAAUAUAGAGGCACCCUGUAGAGUUUUCUUGAAAAGAGAUAUGUAACCUUGUGUGCAUUCAGAAUGUAGAGGCACCCUGUAGAUAUGUCUUGAAAAGAGAUAUGUAACCUUGUGUGCAUUCAGAAUAUAAAGGCACCCUGUAGAUAUGUCUUGAAAAGAGAUAUGUAACCUUGUGUGCAUUCAGAAUAUAGAUGCUCCCUGUAGAUAUGUCUUGAAAAGAGAUAUGUAACCUUUUGUGCAUUCAGAAUAUAGAGGCACCCUGUAGAUUUGUCUUGAAAAGAGAUAUGUAACCUUGUGUGCAUUCAGAAUAUAUAGGCACCCUGUAGAGUUGUCUUGAAAAGAGAUAUGUAACCUUGUGUGCAUUCAGAAUAUAGAGGCACCCUGUAGAUAUGUCUUGAAAAGAGAUAUGUAACCUUGUGUGCAUUCAGAAUAUAGAGGCACCCUGUAGAUUUGUCUUGAAAAGAGAUAUGUAACCUUGUGUGCUUUCAGAAUAUAGAGGCACCCUGUAGAUUUGAAUUUCUUUUUUUUUUUUAACAAUAAUAUUUAAAAAACAGCUUUUCUGUCCUUGCAGGUGUCCGCCCGUACAGAUGUGCUCAGUGCGACAAGGCGUUUACCCAACGUUGCUCACUCGAGUCCCACACCAAGAAGAUACACGGAAUGGCGGAAGAUCUCGCCUUCAACGAGAGGCGGGUCAAGCUGUACGUUUGCGAAGAUUGUGGUCACUCGACAGACCUUGCCGAAGAUCAUUACGCACACGUCCGGGUUAGGCACCCCCCUAGUCACUUGAAGGGUCGAAAUGACGUAAUAGCGGCACUGUGA